AUGAAAGAAAUGAUGAGGUUUGGAAAAAGAGGUAGUCCUCGUUAUAUUGGUCCAUUUGAGAUAUUGGAUAGAAUGGGUGUAGUGGCUUACAACUUGGCGUUGUCGCCUGAGUUGUGUAUGAUCCAUCCAGUGUUUCACAUGUCAAUAUUGCGCAAAUAUCUUCCUAUCCCAUCUCAUGUGCUUGCACCACAAACUGUAGAUAUAAAGAAAGAUUUAUCAUUUGAAAAGGAACCGGUGGCUAUAGUUGAUCGUCAAGUAAAGAAACUACAUUCUAAAGAGAUAGCCUUUGUGAAAGUUAUUUGA